AUGCCCUUCCCGUUCUUCGUUGAUGUCGACUCGGAAUACGAUCUGUACGCGGACACGGACGUCAAUACGCACGGACACGUCCAAUGGUACUUCUUCCGGGUCACAGUUCCGUCGACUUUACUCCGUCAGACCCGAGAACGCGGAGCUGCAACCCUCAAGGUGCGCUUCAACAUCCGCAAUAUGCUCAAGAAGGCCAGUCUGUACACGGAUGGCAUGCUCCCUGCUGUCUACAUCGAAAGCCCGGGCUUCGCCAAGUGCGGGUGGCACCACUCGGGCGUCAACGUCUGCUACUUCAAGAAUACGGACACAUACCGGCAUCGCCGCACUGGAAAAGUGCGAAACUACUACACGCUCUCCUUCACUCCAAGCAUGUCCGACGACAGGCCUUUCGUCGCGUACUUCGCGCACUGCUACCCGUACACGUACACCCGCCUUCAGCGCUUCAUGCUGUCCAUGCAAAAAGACCCGGAGCGGAGAACCACCUUCAAGCGGCGAGUCAUGUGCAAGACCAUCGCGGGGAACAACUGCGACUUGCUCACCAUCACCGACUUCAGCCAAGACGACGAGAAGGACGCGACUGUAAGACGACGUACUGCCAUCGCCAUCACGGCGCGAGUUCAUCCGGGAGAAAGCAACAGCAGCUUCGUCAUGCACGGACUCUUGGAGUUCCUAACGGGGAGCUCCCUUGAGGCGCGCUUCUUGCGCCACCACUUCGUCUUCAAGGUCGUCCCCAUGCUGAACCCUGACGGGGUAGUCCACGGCAACUAUCGCUGCUCUCUCGCUGGUACCGAUCUCAACCGACGAUGGCUUAACCCUUCCAGUGAGCUGCAUCCGACAAUCUUUGCGACCAAGAACAUGCUCCUCUCUGUCUGUAAAAUUCGUCCCGUGAGUCUCUACUGCGAUCUCCACGGCCACAGUCGCAAGAAAAAUAUUUUCCUCUACGGUUGCCGCCCAUUUGACACUGGCAGUCGAACGGAAGCCGCUCGAGUUCGUCUCUUCCCGCAUAUUUUGUGCAAGACCAGCGACUGCACACGCGGGGGAUUCUACAGCUUCGGGGACUGCACAUUCUCCAUCAACGCAUCCAAGAAGGGCACAGGCCGCGUGGUCGUGUGGAACGAGAUGCAGGUGCUCCAUAGUUUCACGCUCGAGGCGUCCUUCUUCGGC